UGCUCUUUAAAUAUUUAAAUGCAACCCUGUAAACAGCCGGUAAUUUUUGCUUAAAAUGUGUGAAACGCGCAAAGUAAAGAAAUUUUACACAUCGUGCGCCAACAAAAUAAUAUUUACUUCAAUAAUAUCGAAAAUUAAGAGUUUUGUUAAAAUAAAAUUGUUGCAGAAGUUUAAAAUAACAAAUUACUAAAUUAUAAAUAUGGAUGCUGAUUUGUAUGACGAGUUUGGCAACUACAUUGGGCCCGAUUUGGAUAGUGAUGAAGAUGAUGACCAAAGUAUCUAUGGACAACAAGAACCACAGGAUGAACAAGAUGAAGAUGCUAUGGAUGAGGAGGAGGAACAUCAAGACGAUGAGGAUAAAGAAGUAACUGCUGUUGUAUUGCAUGAGGAUAAACGUUACUAUCCCACCGCUAUCGAGGUGUAUGGGCCCGACGUGGAGACCAUUGUGCAAGAAGAAGAUGCGCAACCACUCGAUAAGCCGCUUAUUGAACCAAUUAAGAAACUAAAAUUUCAAAUUAAAGAACAAGAGCUGCCUGAAACCACAUAUAACAUGGAAUUCAUGGCAGAUUUGAUGGAUACGCCACCACUAAUACGUAAUGUGGCACUGGUCGGCCAUUUACAUCAUGGCAAAACAACAUUUGUUGAUUGUCUUAUACGUCAAACACAUCCACAAUUCGAACAAGCUGAAGAACGCACACUACGCUACACUGAUACACUAUUCACCGAGCAGGAGCGCGGUUGUAGUAUCAAAGCCACGCCGGUGACUUUAGUUUUGCAGGACGUGAAGCAAAAAAGCUUUCUAAUGAAUGUCUUUGAUACACCGGGUCAUGUGAACUUUUCGGAUGAAGUCACCGCUGCUAUGCGUAUGUGUGACGGUAUAGUGUUGUUUGUGGAUGCCGCCGAAGGUGUAAUGUUGAACACUGAACGUUUGUUGAAGCAUGCAGUGCAGGAGAAAAUGGCCAUCACUGUCUGCAUUAAUAAAAUUGAUCGUUUGGUUUUGGAAUUGAAACUGCCACCACAGGAUGCCUAUUUCAAGCUCAAACAUAUUGUGGAAGAAAUAAAUGCGUUGUUAAGCACUUAUGGCAAUGGCAACGACAAUUUGCUGGUUUCGCCUGCUUUGGGUAAUGUAUGCUUCGCUAGUUCGCUGUAUGGAUUUUGUUUCACCUUGAAAUCCUUCGCAAAGCUCUAUGCAGACACUUAUGAUGGUGUUAAUUAUAUAGAAUUCGCAAAGCGUUUGUGGGGCGAUAUGUACUUCCAUAGCAAAUCACGCAAGUUCACCAAAAAGCCACCACACAACUCAGCACAGCGCAGUUUUGUCGAAUUUAUUUUGGAACCCAUGUAUAAGGUUAUCGCUCAAGUCGUCGGCGAUGUUGACACUACACUCUCCGAUACCUUGGCUGAGCUGAAUGUGCGUAUCACUAAGGAGGAAAUGAAAUCGAAUAUACGUCCACUGCUACGUCUGGUUUGCAAUCGGUUUAUGGGUGAUUUCAAUGGUUUUGCUGAUAUGUGUGUGGAGCACAUUAGUUCGCCACUGGAUAACGCUAAACGGAAAGUGGAUCACAUAUACACGGGACCGAAAGAAGGUGAAAUUUAUAAGGACAUGAUGGAAUGCAAUCAAAAUGGCACAUUAAUGGUGCACAGCGCUAAAAUGUAUCCAACUGACGAUUGCACAUUUUUCCAAGUUAUGGCGCGUGUUAUUUCCGGCACGUUACAUGCUGGACAGGAAGUGCGUGUGUUGGGUGAAAACUACACGCUGCAGGAUGAAGAAGACUCGCGUGUCUUGCAAGUGGGACGGCUGUGGGUAUAUGAAGCACGUUACAAAGUGGAAUUAAACCGUGUACCGGCUGGCAAUUGGGUGUUAAUUGAGGGCAUCGAUCAGUGCAUUGUUAAGACAUCCACCAUAGUGGACAUAAAUGCGCCUGAAGAUUUGUACAUUUUCCGACCAUUGAAAUUUAAUACACAGAGCAUAAUUAAAAUCGCCGUCGAACCUGUAAACCCUUCGGAGUUGCCGAAAAUGUUGGAUGGUUUACGUAAAGCUAAUAAAUCCUAUCCUUUGCUAUCGACACGUGUAGAGGAAUCUGGUGAGCACGUCAUACUGGGCACCGGCGAACUUUAUUUGGAUUGUGUUAUGCAUGAUUUGCGUAAAAUGUAUUCAGAAAUCGACAUCAAAGUUGCCGAUCCUGUGGUAGCAUUCUGCGAGACUGUAGUGGAGACGAGUUCAUUGAAAUGUUUCGCUGAAACGCCAAAUAAGAAGAACAAGAUCACUAUGAUAUCCGAACCAUUGGAAAAAGGUCUAGCAGAGGAUAUCGAAAAUGAAGUGGUGUCAAUUAACUGGAAUAAAAAACGACUCGGCGAAUUCUUCCAGGUCAACUAUGAUUGGGAUUUGUUGGCAGCACGUUCAAUUUGGGCAUUCGGACCAGAUACAACUGGUCCUAACAUUUUAGUCGAUGAUACACUGCCUUCCGAAGUGGAUAAGAAUUUGCUUACUUCGGUGAAAGAUUCCAUAGUACAAGGCUUCCAAUGGGGUACGCGUGAGGGACCGCUUUGUGAGGAACCCAUACGUAAUGUGAAAUUCAAAAUACUGGACGCUGUAAUUGCUGGUGAAGCGCUGCAUCGUGGUGGUGGCCAGGUCAUACCCACAGCGCGUCGUGUUGCAUACUCAGCAUUCCUCAUGGCCACACCGCGUCUAAUGGAGCCCUAUUUGUUUGUAGAAGUACAAGCGCCAGCCGAUUGCGUAUCGGCGGUGUACACAGUUUUAGCCAGAAGAAGAGGUCAUGUAACGCAAGAUGCACCCGUUUCUGGUUCACCACUGUACACCAUCAAAGCAUUUAUACCAGCCAUUGAUUCAUUCGGUUUCGAGACUGAUUUACGUACACAUACACAGGGUCAGGCCUUCUGUUUGUCGGUGUUCCAUCAUUGGCAGAUUGUACCUGGCGAUCCGCUGGAUAAGUCUAUAGUGAUAAGACCAUUGGAACCGCAACAAGCUUCACAUCUGGCGCGUGAAUUUAUGAUUAAGACGCGCCGUCGCAAGGGUUUGUCAGAAGAUGUUUCCAUCAACAAAUUCUUCGACGAUCCUAUGUUGUUGGAAUUGGCGCGACAGGAUGUGCUUCUCAAUUAUCCGCUAUAAAAUAUAUACUUUUGAUAAGACAUUACAAUAAACGAAAUAGCGUUUCGUGCUAUAAAAAUAAAUAAA